CACUUCCUGUCGCGCAGCACCGCUAAUGACGGAAACUAUGUUAUGAAGAGAUAACUAACUUCUGUAUCCUCUGACGCGCGUGUCCGUGUUGUGCUCACUCUAUGUGGGAUCUGUCUGGUACGUACACGCUGACACGUCGCUGUUGCUCAUGUUAUGUAUGCACCUAACUCGACCGGUGCACGCCGACAUGCAGCGUUAGCUAGCUAGCUCAAAGCUAACUGACAGAGCUGUUUGUGCAGAUGUGGAGCAGGUUGCUGAGUCCUCGUGUGGUUGGCAGAGCUGGUGUCUGGUGGAGGAGUCUGUGCACGAUGCAGCUGAAGACCAGUGACUUCCGCUCUCUGUUCACCGAGGGGCUGAACGGACUCGUAGAGAUAUUCGAGAAGAAUAAUCAUGAGCUGAGGAUAGCUGGAGGUGCCGUGCGGGACCUGCUGUCUGGGAAGCGGCCUGAGGAUGUGGACUUUGCCACGACAGCAACUCCAGAAGAGAUGAAGCGCAUGUUCCAGGCUGCUGGCAUCAGGAUGAUCAACAAUAAAGGAGAGAAGCAUGGGACCAUUACAGCAAGGCUACACAAUGAGAACUUUGAGGUGACCACCUUGCGACUAGACGUUCAGACAGAUGGACGUCAUGCAGAGGUGGAAUUCACCACAGACUGGCUAAAAGAUGCAGAGCGGCGAGACCUCACCAUCAACUCCCUGUUUUUAGGUCUCGAUGGCACAUUAUAUGAUUAUUUCAAAGGAUACGAAGACCUGCAAAACCGCAAAGUUCGGUUUGUUGGCAGCGCUGAGCAAAGAAUCCAAGAGGAUUACCUGAGAAUACUGCGAUAUUUCAGGUUCUACGGCAGGGUGGCUUUAGAGCCUGAUGACCACGAGCCCGAGACGCUGACAGCCAUCAGGGAAAAUGGCAGAGGACUCGCAGCGAUAUCGGGAGAACGGAUUUGGGUGGAACUAAAAAAGAUGGUGGUUGGUAACCAUGCUGCUCAUCUACUGGAGCUGAUGUACAAGCUGGAACUGGCCCAGUACAUAGGUUUACCUCCAGAUGGCGAUGUUGGCGAGAUGAAGCAAGUGUGGCAGAAUGCCAAAGACCACUCUCCCAAGCCCAUGACCAUCCUGGCUGCUCUCUUUCACUGUCCAGAGGAGGUGGAGAAGAUGGAUCUCCGACUGAAGGUCUCAAGGGAGGAGAAGAACCUGGCUCUGUUCAUGGUCAAACAAAGACGGGAGCUGUGCAAGAGCAAAGACGAGCCGCACAGUCUCAAACCCUUCACUGACUUUAUCAUUGACAGUCGUGAGCUGGAUUCUCAGAUUAAAGUGUGCGAGCUGCUGAAGUAUCAAGGUGAGGAGAAGCUGCUGGCAGAGCUCUGCAGAUGGUCCAUCCCUCGAUUCCCGGUCAGCGGUCACGAUCUGAGGAGGAUGGGCGUCACGUCUGGCAAGGAGAUUGGGGCCACUUUACAGAAUCUCCGCGACAUCUGGAAGAAAAGUCGUUAUCAGAUGGACAAAGAAGAACUCCUCAGUCACGUAAAGACUUAGAUAAAGCAGAGGUGUUUAUUUUUUUUUUUUUUUCUUAUUUUGACAAAUAGUCUGGACUCUCUGCAUGGUAACUGCUGAUCACUGGUAUUGAUCGAGCACACUGGUGCAUUUUGUCGAGAGAGGACGCCACAAGAACAGAGACAUGUGUACCUAUCGAUGGAAGCAAUUUCAUUCUAAAUUACCUGAGGGCUUCUUGAUUUCAUCUGCAUCACCAUGUAAAUCUGAAGAGCUAACAUACAAUAUGGUCUGAUCAUCGCAGCUGCCACAUCAUGGGAAAACAUGUUAUGGAAAAUGGCAGCUGAUGUGUUAUUACAGAGCUGUUUGUGUCAGUCCCUCAGAAUAACAGCUGAUACUAUAAUGAUGCAGAUUUGAAUCUGGACAGCACUUAUUCACUGCUUGCACUGGUGUGGAAAGAUGAAACAUGAGGGAAGUGAAUUCAAAUCUGAGCUCAGUAAAUAAAUAUUUAUUUUCAUUGAUAAGACAAUGAUGGGAAACA